CGCAUCCGCUACAGCUUACCAGCCUCUGUUCGUCACUAUCUCUCUCCGUUCUGCAAACACUCCUCCUCUUUCACUUCACUCCCACGGCCAUGUGAACGGGAUUAUUAUCUAUUCGGCGUCUGGAGACUUUCCAUCUCCACCAUGAAUCCUUUUCCACCACCUCACCACCACAAAUCCUCACGGAGAUAGCCCAGCCAUUGAAGUCGGCAGCUGCCUGUGACUUAUUGAACGAUUGUCGCAUAGUGUCUAUCCCCGAUCUAUCACUUUCAGAUCCGGCGCAUUGUGCAUCACCACUUUGAACUUCACUCCAGUCCUCUUAUCUCUCCUCUAUCUUCUUGUUGAACGUUUGCUCUGCUUCUUCACAAUUUCACAUCUCCAUCAUGCCCUCUCCGACCACCCCACCACCCCGAACCAUGCCACAAUCAGCCAGACUGAUGGAUUCCCCGUACUCCGAUUACUAUACCGAUCUCUCGAUCUCCCCUGACACCGAUCCCCGCGAUUCCCACCGAUUCACUGUCGAAAAUGGCAAACUGGGAUACCCCGUCAUCCCGCAUACCCUUCAGGAAAGUUCAAUCGAUGAGAUCUCCUCUUCUCCCAUUGAACCCCCAGCGAACACCCCUCAACGCGCUCUCUUACAGCGACUGCGCGAUAUUGCUAUCUGCAUCCACGAACGCGAGAACCUGACCGAGGAACAAACUGCUUUGCUCAACAGUCGUGUCGAGAACAUCGAAUCAGAUCUCACGGCGCCUAUCAGUCAGACAAAGGAAGCAGUGCUUGGGGACAGUGGCUUAUUCAUUGAUGAUGAAGAUGACCUUGAAUUUGAAGAGACGGACGGAAGUGACGAACACGGAGACGGCAAUGGAGUUGGUCAGUUUGAGAACAGUGACAGUGAUGUCGCACCUGAAGAUAUUAAAGAGCUUGGUCGACGAGUAUCGUAUUCUGACAAGAGCCUAGCAGCUACUAGCCAUCUUAGUCGCUCUUCGAAGAAGGCAGGGCUCUUCUUUCCCGCCCGUGCAUUGGAAGAGCAACAUGAACUGGUCGCGCGCAUUUCCCGAGCUGCCACCGAACUUCGCGCACGAUACGAAGAGAUCAAACACUUGAACGACAUGAACACCCUCCGUCUGGACACCGCUGCCACCCGCAUCAUCGACCUGCAAGCCGAGAACGAAGCCCUCCGCAAGGCAUCCGAACUCGACCACUCCGAGCUCUUCUAUCUCAAGCUCCAACUGCGCGCCUCCGACUUACAGGCCGCAUACCGUGGACUCAAAAUCAGCUCCCACUCCACGCACGCCGAAUCGAUCAAGCCCAGCGAGCCCGACAGUCUCGACCACGAGAUCGAUCUCCUCCGCGAGGAAAUGCGCAUCCACCCCUCCCAAUCGCCUGCCUCGUCCACCCGAGUCCGCGCGUCCGACGAAGGAGACGACUUCCUUUCCGGCUCGCAGCUUUCGAAUGCAUUCGCCCCAACCUACCGAUCCCCGCUCCGGCAGCCGUCCGUCGCCUCCGACACUUCGUCGAUGAAGCGCAGCAACAUCUCGACCCCGACAACCAGUCCGACGAAACGACGCCGCUUACUCCGGAUCAAGCGGCCAUCGCUUCAGAAUCGAGCGGUCACUGCUCCAGCGAAGAGUGUUGUGGCACAUGAAAUAUCGCCGAUCGAAAGGCCUUGCGAACUGGAUGGAGACGCGGUUUCCGAGACAGUGGAAGAAGAAAGGGAAGAGUGUGAGAUCACCGAGGCACAAGAGAUCGUCACCGAGACCGUGGAAGAAGCAUCAGAAGAGGUGGCUUCUCAGAUCAGUGAGGUAGAAGAGACCAUUGUCGAGACCGCGGAAGAAGCAUCGGAGGAGGGAUCUUCUCAGUUGAGCGAGGUCGAAGAGAUCAUCGCCGAGAUCGUGAAUGAGAAAUGGGAGGAGGAAGGAGUCGAGCAGACCAAAGAAACCGGAGAACAUGGGAUGUCUGUUACCGAAGUUGUCGAAAUCCACACCGUGGAAACCACUGCGGAAGGCAAUAUGGAGGACGACAUCGUCCACGAGCCUUCGAUCACGGUCAAGACGAAGUCGCCUUGGGAGGAGCUGUGGGACGGGCUUGCGGAGCUCUCUGGAUUUUCCGCAGAAGAUUACUGAGGACAUACCAGCGUCUUUUCGCACUACACCGAGCGAGUGGAAGUGUUUUUUUUCAAAGGAAUUCCUGCGAGAACCUAGACAGAUGUUUCGGGUGUGCUUAGGGAUGGUUUAUAUGAUUAAUGGUUCGUUGCGAUUUGCCUCAUGGCGGGAUUUUGAAAUGGGGGGUCGGGCACUUCUUCCAUGCAUGCAUUUUCGGAUAUGACCAUGACACACACCGUGGUCGUUGUUCCAUCUGUCUGUCACUUGAUCAUUCCCCACGGCGUUACUGAGCGGGUGCCAACGGAGGGACGAUGGCAGCGAGGGACGAUAUGACUUCUUAUGAAGCGAACAUGUAUUAUUACGAGAAUGGAUCAUGAACGGAAUGACGAUAAUUACAUAGCGAGGUGAGCGAGAGCUUGUGUGGACUGGCUUGAUAGGCUUUAUAAAUGAAUGAAGCGACUUGACUUUGAGAUUG